UUGGCAAACGCGCGCCGGCCAACGAAUCAAGUAGACACACUCGGAGAAAACUCUCGCCAAAUUAUCGACAUGGAUUUCGAGAGUGUGUUGGAAAAGUGUGGCAGCUUCGGACGCUAUCAGUUCGUAUUGCUGGGACUCUACGGCUAUACGAAUAUACUAUCGUCACUGCAUUACUUUUCGCAGACCAUCAUCAGUUUUACGCCGCCGCAUACGUGCAAUACAGCAAAUCCACCCGAUGUCUACGCCUUUGCAAAUCGCACAUCGUCGACCAGAUGCAGUUACUUGGAAUGGGAUCCAAUUUUGAUGAAACAUGAGGAAUACAAGUGUCAGUCCUGGGACUUUGAAAGGGAGAGCGGCUAUGAAAGUAUCACAACUGAGCUGGAAUGGGUCUGCGAUGAUGCCUACAAAUUGGCGGUGGGUCAAUCGCUCUUCUUCGUGGGAUCUGUGCUUGGCACUCUAUUUUUUGGCUAUCUGGCGGACCGGUUUGGACGUCUGCCUGCCUGUAUAUUGACCACUUUGACCGGCGCCCUGGGCGAUUUUAUUACCUCGUUUGUCAAUACGCUGCCAUUUUUCUCAAUUGGCCGCUUCAUAUCGGGGCUAUCAACGGAUACUCAGUAUUAUUUAAUGUAUAUUUUGGUUUUUGAGUAUCUUUCUCCGAAACGCCGCACUUUGGGCCUCAACAUGGUUUUGGCUGUGUUCUAUACCAUUGGCCUGAUGAUCUCACCAUGGCUGGCAUUUUGGGUUGGCACUUGGCGCAAUUACCUCUGGGCGGCCUCAUUGCCGGCAUUGGGCGUGCUCUGUUAUCCGUGUGUGAUCUUCGAGAGCGCCGAGUGGCUGUUGACCAAGCGACAAUUUGAGAAGGCAGCACAAUGCCUUCGACGUAUUGCCAAAUUCAAUGGACGCCAGGUGGACGAUUCUGUCUUUGAUCAGUUCAUCAAGUUCUAUCACGAGAAACUCAACGAGGAGCAGAAAUCCACAUCCGAUACAUUCAUGGGCAUGCUAAAGACUCCAAGAUUGCGCAAAUUCACAAUCAUACUCUUAAUCAAAUCCAUGAUUAUUACGGUGGCCUUUGACAUACUCAGCCGUAAUAUGGAAGGCAUGGGCACCUCUCCCUUCAAGCUCUUCUCCUACACGGGCAUUACGUACCUCCCCGCCGGAUUGACAAUCAUUCUCUUCCAGAACUACAUAGGUCGCAAGGGCAUGGCUUGUCUGUCGCUCUUUGUUGGUGCCAUAAUUACAGCUGUAACUGGAUUUCUGGCCGCCAGCCUUAAUCCAGCCGAUCACGCACUCGUCCUGGCCUUAAUGGUGGGCCUGGGUCGAUAUGGCGUCGUUGUCGCCUACGAUGCGGAGGCUCAAUAUGCCGCCGAGAUUAUUCCGACAAGUGUCCGAGGCCGAGGCAUGUCCAACAUUCAUGUCAUGGGAUAUGCCUUUGGAUUCUUCAGCUCUUAUAUUAUCUAUCUGGGCACAUUCUAUAAGCCAUUGCCUUCACUAUUCAUCAGUCUCCUCAUGUUUAUUGGUGCGGCCUUGUGCUUGACCUUGCCGGAAACACUGCAUAAAAAACUGCCACAGACUUUGGAAGAUGGCGAGAUAUUUGGAAAAGGAGAGAAAUGGUAUUAUUUUCCCUGUUUUAGUCGUAGAGGGAAGUCCGCUGAGCAAAAGUCAGCUGUCGCUGCGAUUGUGUCAAUGGAAAAUUCUAGUACAACAACUGUUAAAGAAAAUCCCUAAAAAUAAAGAUCUUAAUUUAUUGUAUUUGUU